GCGGCCAAUGGGAGCGAGGCGGGGGCGGGGCCAAGCGGCUCCGGUGGCGGCGGCGGGGCCGGGGCCGUGCCGAGGAUGCGGGCGGGCGGCGGCGGCGGCGGCGGCGGGGGGGGGGCGCUGGGGCUGGCGCUGGAGCUGCUCCGCCGCUGCCUCCUGCUGGGACCGCUCGGGCUGCGGCCGGCCGGGGGCCAGGACGGGGACGGCUGCGGCCACACGGUGCUGGCGGCGCGCAGCGGGACGCUGAGCUCCAGGAACUACCCGGGCACCUACCCCAACCACACGGCGUGUCGCUGGCAGCUUCGUGCCCCCCCCGACACCUCCCUCAUCCUCGUUUUCGGGGACCUCGACCUGGAGCCCUCGGAGCGCUGCGCCCGCAGCUCCCUGCUGCUCACCGACCCCGACAGCGGGGCCACCUACGGGCCCUACUGCAGGGACGCCGGCCCCGCUGCCUCGCCCCUGGUGACCAACUGGAGCUCCGUGACCGUCCUGUUCAGCAGCAGCAGCCACCGCUCGGGCCGAGGCCUCCUCCUGUCCUACGCCAGCUCGCAGCACCCAGACGUGGUCUCCUGCCUGAAGAGAGGCACCCACCUGGCCCAGGAGCACACCAGCGUGUACUGCCCUGCCGGCUGCAAGGACAUCGAGGGGGACAUCUGGGGCAAUGCCCACCAGGGCUACCGGGACACCUCGGUGCUGUGCAAGGCGGCCGUGCACGCUGGGGUGAUCGCGGACGAGACGGGCGGGCAGGUCACCCUGUCCCAGGAGAAGGGGAUCACGCUCUACGAGUCCGCCUUCGCCAACGGGCUCCACUCCAAAAGGGGUUCCCUCUCGGAGAAGCGUCUCCUGUUCCACAGAGCCUGCGGCGAUGCCCUGGAGGUGGCCGCCUUCAAUGCCUCGUCCUGGUGGCAGGAGGUGGACGCGCUGGGGCAGGAGCGGGGCUGGGUGGCUGAGCGGGCGGCCCUGGGCACCCCCGGCCCCUCCUGGGCAGCUGAACCCGGUGCCGAGGCCGCCUGGCUGGAGCUGGACCUGGGCACCCGCAGGAACGUCACAGGGAUCGUCACGAAGGGCUCCGAGAUGUACGACUGCUACGUGACGUCCUACAGCGUGUCCUCCAGCCGCGACGGGAGGAACUGGAGACCCUACAGGGGCAGCGGGGGCCAGGAGGACAAGGUGUUUGAAGGCAACGUGGACAGCUGCGGGGAGGUCUCCAACGCCUUCAUCCCCCCGAUCGUGACCCGCUACCUGCGUGUCACACCCCACAGCUGGCACCAGCGCAUCGCCAUGAAGGUGGCCCUGCUGGGCUGCCCCACAGUGCGGGUCCGCGCCCCACGGCCCUACGCGCCCAGUGACCACCAGGAGGUCCCGCUCCCCGUCCCCACCAGCCGCUCGCCCGGCCGCACGCCCGUCCCCGGUGUCGCCCUGGACCCCGAGAAGGCCGACCCCACACUGCUGGUGCUGCUGCUCGUCGGCGGCUUCGUGCUUGGCUCCAGCCUCCUGCUGCUGGCCUUCCUCUGCCGCAGGAGGAGGAAGCCAGCGGCUGAGCUGAACUGUGGGAUCGUGAAAGGGUACCCCAAGCUGGAGUCGAGCCAGGUGUGCUCCCUGGGGAGCCUGCCCCCCCCCGGCUCCACGCCGCCCUCCUUCCCCGCAGCGGCCUCGCUGGGAGACCUGAGCCAGCCCCAUUCGCCAGAGUACGCCGAGCCCGACCUGGUGCAGGUGAACCCCAGCAGCCAGCCGGGACCCUCCACCUUCAAACCACCCCCGGACGAGGGCUACACCCUGCCACUGGUCGUCAGCCACUACGCCGUGCCGGGGCAGUACCACGAGUACGCCGAGCCGCUGCCGCCCGAGCCGGAAUACGCCACGCCGUUCGGUGACCCCGAGCCCCUCAGCACCCGCCGCAGUCCCUGCGGCAUUGCGGGGCUCCCCGCUGCCCUGAGCCGCGCCGGCUGCCCGGAAUCCCCCCUGGCACGGUACGAUGCGCCCACCCUGCCCGGGGAGCCGCAGGGACUCAGCGGGGCAAACGCAGCCCCCCGAGGGGAGCUGCCCCCCGUCCCCCAUGGGGACAGCGCCUCGCUGGAGCGUCCCUACUCGCACGUGUACCACGAGGCCUGGUGAAGGAAGGGCGGCGUGGGGGGGCACUGAUGGAGGGGAGGCUCAGGGCACUUGGCUGGCGAGCCUCGGGGGGGGGAUUUUUUAAGAAGAACACUAUUUUAUUUAAAUAUAUAUUAUAUAUAGCUAUAAA